UUCACUAUAAAAAGUUUACAACAAAACAAAUUCGCAUCAUUCAUUGUACAAAUUUAUUCCAUUGAAUAACAUUAUGAUUAAUACAAAUAUUUUGGCAACUAUAGCAAUAACUAUAAUAUGCAAGGUACAAACUACUCCAUGUGGUUUUAAUUGUGAUUUGAUAACACCUGCUCCAGUUCUACAGUCUACUCUUCACUGUAAUGGACCAAAAGUUAACAAGGGUCUUUUAAAUUAUUCCCCUCGUUUAAUACCAGCCUGUUCAUGUCCUCUACAAGCCUCUUGUUGUCUUAAACCGUUCCCCUUAAAUACUAAACCAGGCUCUUUAAGUGUUAAACCAAGCCCUCUGAGUACUGAAGCAAUCUUGACUUGUCCAACGUCAGAUUCACACUAUUCUUCGACACCGUGUUCAAUACCAUCAACAAAAACCUCAUGUAUUUCGCCAGUUACAGUUAAUACAUCACCUAUAAAUCCCGCUCCUCUUUCAUCUGCUGAAGUUUUAAAUUUAAUUUCACGUUUGACUGCAGUUCAACCACUUUCAGAAACAACUCCUAUUUUAAAACCUGUUCCUGUUACAGAUAUUGCUACUGAACAAGUACAAGUUCCAGCUGCAACUUGUCUUCCUGCAUUAACAGUACCUUCAAAUCUUGUUUCCGAACCUUGCUUAGCUCAAAUUCCUGCCUUAGAACCGUACACAACUUCCGAUUCAAAUCUGAAACCUACAUCAGUUUCAACUGUAACUUCAAAACAAAUUCCGCUUACAUCAUCUUGCCCAGCUCUUACUUCCGUCACAGCCACAACUCCUACUUCAAUUGUAGCUCCGACUUCGUCUCUCAUCAUAACCCCAGUCCCUGCGACAAUCACUGCACCAACUGAAGUCAAAGUCUCAGCUUCUGCUUCAAGUUGUAAUAAAAUUCCUACUUCAGUCGUAGAAGAUAUUCGAACUCCCAUUUCAACAUCUAAAUCUAAUCUUCCUCCUGUCAUAACUGCUCCAAAAAUCUACAGUAUUUCCGUUGAUAAUACAGUGUCUACUUCAGUUCCCAUACCUACAGCAAAUUAUGCCUCACUUUCAUCUGAAGAAAUUUUGAAAUUAUUGUCACUUUUACCUUCUACGCCGAAUUCAUGCUCAUCUCCUAUUCCAAUUAUAGAACCACUACAAACUUCUGCUGUAGUCUCAACACCGGCUCCUAUUUCAAAAGUAGCAGCAGCACCUUGUCCUGCUCCCAUCGUAGCCCCAGAACAAGUUUCAAAAACAAUAGAAGCAACAGUACCUUGCUCUGCUCCUAUAGUAACUCCAGCUCCAAUUCCUAUUUCAGAAGUAGCAGCACCCCCUUGUCUUGCUCCAGCUGCUACCUCAGCACCAAUUCCUAUCAUAUCUUCAACCCCGAUGCCAGCCAAAUAUUCUACUCCCUGUUCGUCAUCUACUUUUGCCCAAGUACCAGCUACUACCUCGAUUUCACCUUCAGCUAUUUUAAAUUUACUGACACUCUUAUCUACAACUCAACAAAAUUCAAUUCAGGCUCCUGCAACUGCUUCUGUACCAACUCAAAUUGUAAGCUCAGUUCUUUCACCAGUAUCAACUCCUAGUAUCACUCCAACAUCUAUUCCAAACGCAAGUCCAACAUUAGCUCCUGUCGUUACUUCAACCUCGGCCCCAGCGAUACCUUCUUCUCCAUAUUCACCUUCGGCUAUUCUUAAUUUAUUAUCUUUUUUAACAUUAAUUCAACGUAGUCCAAUUCCACCUCCUAUUACGAUUCCUGAUACACUUUCAUCUCCUACUUCAGUACCUCCUUCAUCUAUUUUACCGCCAGUUUCAUAUGUUUCACAAAUUACUUCAACCCCUACUCCAUCUUCACUUUCCAGAGUUUUAACUUUGUUGUCUACUUUAGUAUCUCAACCAAACUUUACACCAUGUGCUACUACAGGAUAUUACUCUAAAUAAUUUUAAUAUUUUGACUGCUAUUAACCGUAAUAAGAAAAUAUAUGAGUAUUUUAAUGUAUUUAUCAUUCAAAUAAUAAAUAAAUUGAUUAUUUAUAUACAUAAGAUUUUUGAAAUAAUUUUUAGUUCAUAGUAUUGAACUAUCGGAGAGAAAAA